GACUCCCGCUUCCCUCCAGCCCCCGGGACCCCUCCGGCCACCUGCGCGCCUACGGGAUCGAAGCGCUUUGGGGAGGAGGAUUCAAGGUCUCGUCCACCCGCCACCCCGGGGAGGCGGGAACUACAACUCCCAUCACGCCCCGCGCCGGCUCCCCUCCCCGCAGCCCGCGGCGGGCGGCGCUGGGCUUUUAUCCGCGGCCCCGGCGGGAGGGAGCCACAGCCCUCGGUCUCCCCGACGGCAUCGCCGCGCCUACAGCUCCGAGCCGGGUCACCCUCUGCGUCCGCGCCAGCCCGCAACCCGGGGGCGAAGGGCAGGUUCCCGGCGCAUCGCGAGGAUGGUCAUCCGCGUGUUCAUCGCCUCUUCCUCGGGCUUCGUGGCGAUAAAGAAGAAGCAGCAGGAUGUGGUUAGAUUUCUGGAGGCUAACAAGAUAGAGUUUGAGGAGGUGGAUAUCACCAUGUCAGAAGAACAGAGGCAAUGGAUGUACAAAAACGUCCCUCCAGAAAAGAAGCCUGCGCAGGGCAACCCUCUGCCACCUCAGAUAUUUAACGGGGACCGGUACUGUGGCGAUUAUGACAGUUUUUUUGAAUCAAAGGAAAGCAACACAGUCUUUUCAUUCCUUGGCCUGAAACCACGGUUGGCAUCAAAGGAGGUAAAUCUUAUCUUAUUCUUAAGUUAAAAUUCAUCUUUCUAAGAUUGUUCUUAGGGA